AUGUCACCAGACUCCAAAUGUCUGUUGACAAGAGGCAGAUUUGAAAAACAGUUAAAUCAAAAUAAAAAAGAAGACGCCAAAAAGAAAACGGAGAAGGAAAUAGCCACGGAUGUGAAAAAAAAAGAGCCUGGCAAAGCCCCAGAAACCAAACAAGGGACAAUAAAAGUUGCAGCACAAGAUUUAAAGAAAACAAAAACACCUACAGAAGAACUACCCAAGGGGAAAACAAAGUCACCAAAGAAGGAACAUUCAGCUCCAAGUGAAAAACAAGUUAAAGCAAAAACUGAACGAGCCAAAGAAGAGGUUGGUGCUGCCUCAACUAAAAAAGUGGUGGAACCUGCAAAUCUGACAAUACUUAACAUGGCAGAGGUGUUUGCAUCCCUCCCCAACUCUGUGGAGUCUACAACUCAAGAGAUCCCAGAUGUGGCAGAAGCACUCACCAUACUGAUGCCCCAGGUAGUGGUGCCAAUGAUAAAAACAGCAGAGGCACAAAUGACACCAGAGGCACAGCAGCAAUAAUGAGGGCAUUGGGGGGCACCUCUGAUAGAGGUGGUGGAGGAUGGAAAGUGCUGACUCAAAUAUAACUGGAGGCAGCUCAAGUAAGAGAAACCAAAAACUUGUGCUAUAGUACCACAUACAGAGAAAUAAAAGAAAAGCCUUCAAAUUUC